CAGUAAAAAAUAAAAUAAAAUAAAAAACCUUUUAGUAUUAUAGCUUAUUACAUCGAAAAUACGAUGACAUAACACCUCGUUUAGUCGCCUUUAUAUAGAAAACAAAGCCUUUAUAUUCACUGAAAGUUGAAAACCCAUCUACAAAUCUCAAAGCAGCAUAUCCCCUCGAUUUCCCUCCCUUCAAUACCCAAUCUCAAUGGAACAACCACCACCACAACAACAACAAACCCCCACUCCCACCACUACCACCGCCACCGCCACUGACUCCUCCGCCGCCACAACCACCACAACAACCGCCACCACAUCAUUUCAACCAUCUGAGUCUCCGCCACUAUCAACUCCACAACAACCCCCACCACAGCCACCCUCUUCAACUCCAACCCCUUCACCUAUCCCUCCCUCCCCUAACCCUAACCCUACUCUCACUCCCACCCAAAACGCUAAGCCCUCUAUCCCAAACCCUUCACAACCACAACUGCAACCGCAACCUAGGCCGCUCUCUUCGUUUGCCAGACCACCACAACCGCCGCCGCCACAACAGCAGCAGCCACACUUUUCGCACUUCUCGUCGCUCCCUUCUUCGUCUUCUCCGGCCGGGUCUCCCUCCAUCCCCGCCCAGAGAGGCGGCAUUGCUAUCGGUGUUCCCGCGCACCACCCCAACACUGCCGCUUCUCCUCAACCCGCGCCCUUCUCUUCCUCCUUCGGUCACCACUUCACUGGCCUGACCCGCUCCGCCGUCAACGUGCCCGAAUCCGUCUCUAGUUCCAAUGCUUCUCAGGCUAGACCAACGAUGCAAGGAAUGCCGGGAAUUGGGAUGCUGGGAUCGCUUGGUUCAAGCUCGCAACUGCGGCCAGCUGGGAUUUCAGCCCACCAUCCACAGAGACCAGUUCAGUCAUCUCUUAGACCGCAAUCGUCCCCAAAUAACCAGCCCCCUACUUCCCAAAAUCUUCAAGGGCAUAGCCUUAUGAGACUCCAACCAGUGGGAUCUCCUGGUUCUCCAUCACCAAAUACCUCACAAAAUAUGCAAACUGUUAAUCAACCAUGGCUGUCAUCUGGAUCACAAGGGAAGCCUCCUUUACCAUCUCCUUCAAAUAGGCAUCAGGUCAAUUCACAAAUGCAGCAACGAGCACAUCUUCCUCAACAACAGCAUCAUCCGUUGCCAACAGGUUCACAGCAACAACAUAUGCCAUCUUUGCAACAGCAACAGCAACAGCCUACACCAUCAAGUCAGUUGCAGGAGCAUUAUGGGCAACAAUUUCCACCAUCAAGGGUCCCGCAAGCUGCAACCCAUCAACCACAAAUAACAAGGGUCCAGGGCUCAGGAAAUCAGAAGCCUUCCUCUCUUGCAAUGGUGCAGCCUAACACAGUCCAGGCUGUGGCCCAGAAUAGAACAGCUAUUGCCGAAAGUGAUGAAUCUUGUAACAGGAUUCUUGGCAAAAGAAGCAUUCAUGAGCUAGUCAGCCAGAUUGAUUCAUCAGAGAAGUUGGAUCCUGAAGUUGAAGACAUUCUUGUUGAUAUUGCAGAGGAUUUUGUUGAUUCUAUUACAACAUUUGGUUGCUCAUUGGCCAAGCAUCGGAAAUCAACAACAUUGGAAGCAAAAGACAUACUUUUACAUCUUGAAAGAAACUGGAAUAUUACACUUCCUGGUUUUGGUGGUGAUGAGAUUAAGAGCUACAGAAAACCGCUUACAAAUGAUAUUCACAAGGAACGUCUUGUAGCAAUAAAGAAAUCAAUGGUAGCAACUGAGACAGCAACCAAAAUUUCUUCUGGACAAGCUGCUGGAAAUGCAAAGGGUAAUCUGGCCAAGGCACCUGCCAAUCCAUUGGCUCCCCAAAUGUAAAAAAGUGCAUGAAGCAUUUAUUGAUACUGCUGGACAUGAGAACUGUUUCUGAUAAAGAAGGCCAAACUUUGCAAAGAGAAGGCAAUGUUACAGUGGAAUGGAUCCAAGAUUUACUGCCUACCUUGGUGGACAUCCAUAUUUAUGAAUCUUCUUUAUGUUGAUCUCUGAGGCCACCAAUGACCAAGGAUGAAAAGUUUUGUUUCACUAAUUAAUAUUCAUGCCCCCAAUGCUAUUGGGCCACCAACUUGUUGAAAUAGCAGCUGCAAGUUUGAUGGGACUGGUAGGUAACUACUUUUUGAGCUCUUAUGUUGGAGUUGUUGCCUGCUAUAAAUUGGCACCGUUGCAAGCAAUCAUGGGAAGCAACAGAUGUUUUAUAUGCUUUUCUUGUCGUCACAUAUGAGUAAAAUCAUAGAUUUGGCCUUUUGGGGGGGUACAUAAGAAAACUAAGGGACAAAGAAGACAGUCAUUUUGGUUCAAGCAAUUUGAUCACAGCUAUCUUUCAUAGCGUGUUGGCGGUACAUAGAAAAUGAAAGGACAAAAAAAAGUCAUUUUUAUUUUAGCAAUUUGAUCACAAGUAUCUUUCAUGGGUCAUUGAUCACAGGUAUCUUUCAUAGCUAGUAUUGGGAGCUCAUAGAAAAUGAAGGGACAAGAGUAAUUUUGAUUUAAGUAAUUUGACAAGUAUCUCUCAUUGUGUCGUUUUGGCACCUGAAAUUCUGACGUAUUAUGGUCCUUAACAUAAUGUGCAGAAAAAAUGUCAUUGAUGGGUGUGGUCUUGCUGAGUCUUCCCCGUUUUAUGUCCCAGUAAUAUAUACUAUUAAAAAAAUAAAAAAAUUCCUUGGAGUAGAACCAGUAAAAGCUUUCAGUAUUUGACAGUGCAAAUGACCUGAGUUUGUACGCACACAAAUGCAGUGUGUAUGUAUAUUAUUUAUAACCUCACCCUCCAUCCUGUUCUUAUUAAGGCUCAUUGUAGGUUCAAGCCCUAUGAAUUGUGUGUAACUUAUUAAUAUAAACGAUUUUGUAGAUAUUGUUUUGUUCUCAUAAUUAAUUAAUCAUUUAUAUCAUUGCCU